AUGACUUCGCCAACCUUCGACAUAGACAUGGCUAAACUGCGUAAGCUAUCAUCUGGAGUCGGAUCGCAGCGCCCUGAAGAGGAGGGAGUGGGAGAGGAGGAACAGGAGGUGCAACAGGAUGAAGACCUAUUCUCAACCGGAUUCAACCUGUUUGGAGAACCUUACAAAACUAAUAAAGGUGACGCGUUGGCCAGUCGCGUCCAGAACACGCUGGGUUCCUACGAGGAAAUGAAAGACCUGUUAACCAGCCACUCUAACCAGAGCCACUUGGUGGGAAUCCCCAAAGGGAGCAACAACCUGCAGACCCCCACCACCACGUUGACGACGGAGAGACCCGCCAUGGAGACCCAGCUUUUUAGCGAAGCCCUGAGAGGAGGGACAGGUGGAGGGGGAGGAGGAGGAGGAGCAGAGGUAGGUGGGGACAAGAGGAUGGCAAACGCGUCCUCCUCAUCUUCAACUUCCAUGCAGCCGCCUGCCGCGACCACGUCGUCAACAGCAAUCGCACAUCAGAAUUCGAAAAAGUCCCGGAGCUCCAUGGACUGGUCGAGGGCAGGCCAAGGACAGAGCGCCCAGGGGGGAGGCCUUGUUCUGGGAUUAUCAACGAACGGGACGGGACCGGUCACGGCAGCCACGAGUGGGAGAGGGAAAAUGUCUUUACUAGAGGAACAGCAAAUGCAAAGGCAUGACGAGCUGUUUAGCUCACUCAAAGACGAACUCGGCCUCAAAGGCGACUCAAGCCCUUCUUCCUCCUCUUCGUCCUCCUCUUCCUCGUCUUCUUCGGGGAGAAGGCACUCUUCUCACCCCUCCAAAACCCUUCCUGAUGGUGGCAAUUUCCGAUCUUCCACCAUGGACGCUGGCCAUUUCAAGUCUUCCACCAACACAGAAAAUGGUGGACAUUUUAAAUCCUCCCCGUUUGAAAACGAGACAAGCUCCCACCUCUCCACAGCCUCCUCCCCGCUGGCUUCCACGUCAGUUCUGACGACGCCUACCCCUGGUCUAACCACUCCCACGUCUGGACUGACCACACCCACCUUCCCACCCGGCAGCCUAUCGGGGAAGCCUAUCGCCAUCCAGCAGAAGCCCACAGCGUACGUUCGACCGAUGGAUGGCCAGGACCAGGUUCCCAGUGACUCUCCCCAGCUUAAACCCCCUGUAGUGGCCACAGAGGGGUUCAACAACAGCCAGACUUACGGAGGAAACGCUGGGAAUGCCAAGAAUAAACUGCCAAAACUGAGUCUCAGCCACACAGGAGAGGUCAGCCUACCAAAUGACUCCAGCUGUGUUGAAGAGAUUUUGCGGGAGAUGACCCAUUCCUGGCCUCCUCCCCUCACAGCCAUACACACUCCUGGGAAGGCCGAUCAGACCAAGUUCCCCAUCCCCAACAAGGAGUCACAGCAUGUGACCUCAGGCUACAACACCCAGAAGCGAUGCACUGUGUCAGCUAACAAGCCUGCUGCGAAACCACCGACUGCACCACAGAAAUCCAUGUUGGAGGAUGACCUGAAGAUCAGCAGCGACGAGGAAGAGGCCGAACAGCAGGUGUCUGACAAGCCCAAAGCCAGAAGCACAGCAAUAAGUGGAGCAUCAGGGAGCAGCAGUGAAUCUGAGAGCAGCUCAGAGUCGGACACAGACGAAUCAGAGAGCAGCUCCAGUGACAGCGAGUAUAAUCAGGCCUCGCGCACACACACUCCAGAGCCUGAGCCCCCCUCUGCCAACAAGUGGCAGCUGGACAGCUGGUUGAAUAAGGUCCAAGCUCAAACCAAACCCCUUGUUCCCCCACAGCCAGAGCAUGGCACAGGCUCAAUCACCCAGGGUCCGGGGACUUUUUCUCCAAGGAUUGAAGCACCAGGAGUGGGAACGGCCGCCAAGACCAAGCCCUGCAUAUCCAACAGCACCCCUGUUCCAGCAGCCCAAACGGUGGAACACAAGGAUACAAGGGGAGCUUUCUGCCCAGGCAGAGAGAAGGCCAAGGCCAAGCUCAGCCAGAAGACAUCAGGGGAGGGCCAGAGGUCAAAGAUGAGGAUGUCACCGGGCCUGUUGUCAGCGCCGGAGGUCACGACCCAGAGGAGGAACACCACAGGGAAGAAACAGCCCAGACGGACGGAGAGGUCAAACAGUGUGGAGGAUAGUCAGAGCCAGACGUGGAGCAGAACAAACCAGCAUAGCCCUGCAGCUAGGGAGAAGGACCUGUUGCCUCCCCCUCCUUGGAGCUACAGAACCCCGAGGCCACGAAGCAAACCCCCCAGUGGGAAAACAGCCCCCAGGAAAGAACCACGCAGUGCUACCAACUCAAACAGCAGCUCAGUUACUCCACCAGCGGCGCUACAGCAACCCCCCGUGCCAAUACCUGCUGUCAGUGUAAACCAGGACAAGAGGAAACACAGAGGUCCAAACACCAAAAUCACACCCAAGUCCCGCGAGUUCAUCGAAACGGACUCCUCCUCCUCGUCCUCAGAAUGCCACUCGGAUCCGGAGGAAGCCCUCAAAACCCCCGCGCUGCCGCCUCAAACGACGCGCUCGGCCAUCAACACGCAGACUCUAACCAACACACACACGCACACGCCUCCUCUCCCACCAUGCCUCAGCUCUGCGGGGAGCCUGGGUACUUUCGGAGGGAAGGGACUCCGAGUCAAAGACAGUGGCAGCGUGACCGCUAAUGGUAGCAGCAGUAGUAACAGUAGCAUCACCAGUGGUAAUAACGUCAGCAGUAGCAGCUGUAACACCCUAAGCAUAAGCAACAUAAGUGGUGUAUUUGGCACUUCUGUUCCUGACCCCGGAGGGUUAGGAGGACAGCGCAAAGACCCGGUGUCCAUGUCACCACCUCCCAACGUCAGACACGACGUGCCUCCGUCCCCCUUGAGGGAGUACCAAGAGAUCCAGAGUUUAUGGGUGAAAAUCGAGCUGAGUCUGCUCGGCAGGGUGCCUGGCCAGGGUUCGGGGGAAAAAUCCAGAGCGGGACUGGCAGAAAGGGACGGGAGCGAGGGGAGGGAGAGGGAGAGACAGGGGGAGAGGAUGGGGGCGACCGAGAGAGAGAAACAGAAGCAGGCAGAGAGAGAGUGGCCGGGGCUGAGAGAGAGGCAGAAGCCACCUAAAGGAGAGAAACAGGAGGAAGAAAACGAGAGAUUGGCACAGGACAGAGGGAGGCAAGGUGAGAGGGACAGAUUAACGGAGAGAGAGAGGCAGACGGACAGAGAGGACAGAGACAGAUCAGGGCUUGGGGAGAGGGAACGGACGACGGGGAAGGACAGAGAGAAGGCGUGCCAAGGUCCGGGGGUUCUGGACAUCCCCCCUGUGCAAGAGCAGAGUAAUCCCAGGCUGGCAGGGAGGACGGAGAGCAAACACAGGAGGCAGGCCGCUGGAAACACGGCCGUCCCAACAGAGAAACACACCAACAAGAGCAAGAGGAAACACAAGUCGGACCACACUGAGUCGUCAGUCAACGGCAAUAAGAAGCUGCGAUUGGACAAAGACUGUCAGCUCCUCCCACCAUGCAUCUCUCCGAUACACAACCACAAGAACAGCUCUGCAGAUAGCUCACUGAACAGGAAGCAGUCCAGACGGCGUGAAGACAAGCUGCUUCCCCCCCUCCUGUCGCCGCUCUCUGACGAUCCACCUCGUAAACGGACCUGUGACAGCAGUUCCUCUCUCAGCCAGGAGGGCAUCGUUCCGCCGACGAUGCCCUGCUCCACCUCCUCCACUUCCUCUUCCUCUUCCUCACACAGACACAGGAGAGGGGAAGGCAAGGCGUCAGCACACACGAGGAACGGCAGUGAAGUGGACACCCACGGCGAGAAGCCCAACGGAGACGGUUACCAUGCCAACGGACAGUCAGACUCAGAGGUGUGGUCGGAACCAACGAUGGAUCCCGCAGAACCUCGCAGGCCACGACUGACAUUUAGCGACACAGUGCACUGUGCAGACUACUACAUGCAGGAGGCCAAGAGACUGAAGCACAAGGCCGAUGCUUUGAUGGACAAAUUUGGUAAAGCGGUGAACUACGCAGACGGAGCCCUGUCCUUCAUAGAGUGUGGAAAUGCUAUGGAGCGAGAUCCACUAGAGGCCAAGUCACCGUAUACCAUGUACUCUGAGACUGUGGAGCUGAUCAGGUAUGCCAUGAGGUUGAAGAACUUCACCAGCCAUUCAGCCACCGUCGCUGAGAAGAAGCUAGCUGUGUUGUGUAACCGCUGUCUGUCUCUGCUGUAUCUGAGGAUGUUCCAUUUGAAGAAAGACCACGCUGUCAAGUACUCGCGGUCGCUCAUGGAGUACUUCAAGAAUUCAGCCAAGAGUUCCCACCAAGAACCCUCUCCCUGGAGGAUCAAUGGGAAGGUUAACGGGACCCCGUCUCCCCUCUCACUCAGCCCCUCCCCAGCCGGCAGUGGGGGAGCAGGGGGAGGAUCUGGAGGAGCCCCGGGCUCCUCAGGAAGUGUGGCCAUUCCUCAACGGAUUCACCACAUGGCUGCCAGUCACGUCAACAUCACCAACAACAUCCUGCGGAGCUAUGAACACUGGGAGACGGCUGACAGACUGGCCACUGAUAGCCAAGAGUUCUUCCAGGAGCUGGACUCGGUGAUGGAGCCGUUGAGUCAGCAGAGCAGCAUGACGGAGCUGGUCCGAUACAUCAGGCAGGGACUGCACUGGCUCCGCUUAGAGGCUCACCUGCUGUAA